GUGGGCUCGCAGCGAUGCCAGCUUUUGCCAGCGAGCAGGUGCCUUGCACGUUGACCUUGUGCGCUCGGACGUCUCCGAUGGCUUUGCUAGUAUCUUACAACCGCUAGCUAGCUCUCACAGGCGGAGAGCACUCGACUGCUUUGUGCAGUUGUCGGGCAGCAGCAUAUCUUAUAAUAGAGCAGUCAAUAUAUUAUUUGCAGCACUGAGCCCCGCGUAACUGCGUCGCUGCGUGCGAGCUUUUUGCCGUAGCAGAGCUGGACUCUGCACCAGUGCUCGGAGCGGCGGGGACGCGUCGCUUUACGCAAGACGUUGUGGCCCGAGUCGCAGACAACUAAAGCAAAAUGCCCAGCCAAAGACAAAAAGCGCUUCGCGCACAGAUUCAGCGCGAGGCCGCAGCAAGGCGUGCCGAGGCCUGUCACGCGGAGGCCCUCAAAAAGGAGGCGGUCAAGGCGAAGGAAGAGGCGGCCCGGCAAGAGGCCGAAGCGAGGACGACGCCUCAGCGGACAGGAGGUGCUUUCGCGAACGACACGCCAGCACCACUGCCUCCGCGGCCGCCGCAGCCCGCGUCGCGGCACCCCGCGCUCCGCCGCACGAAUCCACGCAACGUAGAUACGGAAGAAUUGUUACGGGACGCGCGAGACGAGGGCGAGCCGACGCCUGAAGUGGUGGACGACGUCCGGGCUCCUUUAGCGCUACGGCGCGCGUUACAGCCUCCCAUUAAGCCCUGGGUUGGGGCCGACGGGUGUUUGAUGGCCGUCUGGGAGUGCCGACAAAGCGGCGUCUUCUCGGCCCCCAUAGCCGUCUGCAGCAGCUGCGGGUAUUGCCGGCCCGCGUCGGGUCUAGACGAGCCCUUCGACAACGGAGCACAUUUGUUCGCGGACGGGCUAGUGGCGAACGAGCAGCAGGUUACGAUGUUCGACUGCCGACGCUGCCUGCGCCAGGGCAUUACCUCGCGGCCGUUCGCAAUCGGCGGCGCCGGGCGCCGGACCGCGCAGGAGAUCGAGGUGUGGCAGCCGCCCCCGAUCGAACCGACCGAAGAGCAGCAACUCGAAAUGAAGAAGUGGAGGCAGCUCAAGUACGACGUGAACGACAAAGACUACCAGAAGGGACUCGAGGAGUCGAAGAUUACCGCUGCGGCGGAGCGAUUCGUCCGGCGGGACCAGAACCGGAUGCUGCUUGGUGCCCACGGCGUCCGCGUGCUCGAGGCGUGCAUCCUCGACGACACGUGCAAGAAACGGCUGGCCGCGUUCCGGCGCGCGGCGGCGGCCGAGCUCCCCUUCCCGUUCACCUUCCAGACGGAGGCGGUGGUCUCGGAGAACACGCCCCUGCCGAACGCGGUCGCGGUGGAGAACGUGCUCCGCGCCUUCGAGACGGACGUCGUGGCGAUCCUCGCGCGCGCGUGGAACCGCGAGGGAAGCGGGCGGCUCGAGGCGGAGAAAGCUGCGAUCGAGCUCGCCGAGCCGCUGCGGACGCUCCGCGCGGAGCUCUGCGCGCAACGACGCGGCAACAAGACGGACGCCGACGCCUUGAAUGAUUUCCGCCGCGCCGUGCGCGAGGCCUUGCGCGAGGCCCAAAAGUUUAGGAAGGACUGGGAGCGGACUGUCGGGAGGAGGGAGCACGAGCUCUUGUCGGGCGCUGUGUGGAAAUCAAAUUUCGGACGCCCCACUGCGUCUGCUCGAUGGCGUGGAGGUUCACGAAGGUCUCCGCAAGUAACCUAACUCACUGGUUGAUGUCCACACAGGUCGGGCGGCGUGGACGCCUCCGUCGCGGCGCGCUGGCCGGUGCCGCACUACCGGGCGGCCUUCUCUCGCGACCCGAUGGCGCACGAGCUCCGGCUCGUGCCGACGUCCUUGAAGCUGGCGUCGGAGUACAAGCGAGCGACGCACCGCAACCUCAGACACUCGGAUCGUUGGGCCAAUGUACAGUUCGGCUUCAAGGACGUAGACGUCGUCGAGCGUCUCGUGACGGACGACGGCGAGCUGGCGCCGAUUCGCUGCUGCGGCCGCGUCUAUUGUUACGUAUACGACAAAGGGCCCAAACCGGUCGCGACGUUCCUGGCGCCGCUGCCCGACGAUAGCGAUCCGGCGUUCCGCUCGGUGCCGGCCCUGAUCGCGUCGCUGGGCGAUUUUGAAGGGGUCCCGGACGCGAAGAGGGGCAAGUACAUCGGGAACAGUUUCUCCACGACGCUGCCGACGUCGCGCCUCAAGCGCCACGAGGUCGAGGUUGCGCCCGACAUCUACCACGACGGCCACAACUUUAGCGACGGCUGCGGCCUGAUAUCGCCGGCGCUGGCGCGCGACGCCGCGCGGCGGGCGCGCCACGACGAAAGCGAUGGCGGUGGCGCCAUGCAAGUUAGGUUCGGCGGAAGCAAGGGCAUGCUGGUCGUCGACCCCCGGAUGGGGCCCACGGUGCGCCGCGUGCUGCUCUCGCCGUCCAUGGUCAAGGCGCCGUCGGGCGACCUGCGCCUCGAGGUCAAGGAGUUCGCGUCCAUCAAGAAGGAGGGGAACAUGCUGUUCCUCCAGGUGCUCGUCUGCUUGGAGCACCUGUUGGGCGACGCGGCGCACCUCCUGCACGAAUUGCUGCGCGUCUUCAUCAGAAAGACGCUCAUGUGGACGCCUGUCGACGUGGACGGCAGCGGCGGCGGCUACAGCGGAGACGCGACCGGCGAGCAGCUCGCCCGCCUCUCUACCGCCUUGAAGGCGCUGCAGGUCGUGGACGAGUCGCUCGAGCUCGAGGGCGACGACGAGGAGGACCUCGUCGACUUGCGGCUGCGCGGUCCGCUGGGCGUCGACGGCAAGCCCGAAGAAGCGAGCGUGCUGAAAGCGAUCAGGGCGGCGGUGACGUUCUGUGUGGAAAUCAAAUUGUCGCAACGCGUCUUCAUCACGGCUCAAUCAUGACCUCCACGCCAUCGACGCGAUGUACCCGACUCACUGGUUGAUUUCCACACAGCUGACGUUAGCGAAAAACAAGAUGAGCAUCCCGUGCGACCACCUGUGGCUCGCGUUCUGCGUCUGCGACCGGUGGGUUGGAUUGAAGGAGGGCGAGUGUCUCGUGGCCGGCGGAGAAUAUCGCGGCAAGCUCCUCGUUUGGCGGUCGCCGUGCACGCAUCCCGGCGACGUCAGAAAAUUAACGGCGGUCGCGCCGCCGGCCGGCCUGGAUUGUAGGUCUUUGCGGAACCUCUUGGUCCUCUCCGCCGAGGGCCCGCGGCCCGUCGCGGACAUGAUGGCCGGCGGAGACUAUGACGGGGACAAAAUAUAUUGCCUUGUGGCCGAAGGCACGGCCAGGGAGAUCGUCUUGCGCGUGAAUCCGGUCGAGCCGGCGACGUACGCGGCGCGCGACGACCGGGGCGACGACGCGCUGCAGGCCGCGGCCGCGGCAAAUGCGGCGCGCGUGGCAGAGGUCGCGUUCUCGCCUCGGGCCACGGAGGCGCGGUCGUCGGACUUGCACGGCCCAAUCUCGUCGCUGCGGCUCAUUUUGGAGGCCGGGCCGAUCGUUGCCGAGUCCGCCUUUGCGUGGAAGGUCCUGGCCGACCACUACGGCGCCGCCUCGAAGGAGGCGGUGGCGAUGGGCAGCGUGGCCGCGCGGGCGUUGGACUUGCGCGCGACCGGCGAACUCGAGGCUCUGGGGCGGGACCUUGCCAAGGCGAAGAAUCCCUUGAGGAGGGGCCUCGUCUGCCCGGCCUGGGCGGCGACCGGCAAGGUCCCGCCGUGGAUGAAGAUAGGAACGGGCAAGAACUUGGUACUGGCGGGGAUCUGGCACCAGCUCCAGGUGACGGAAGACACCGUCGAGAAGCGCAUGAAGCAGCUGGCGGUGCGGGACGAGGCCUCGCGGCGCGCGGCGAGCGCCGCGGUGGAAAAGCAGCUCAAGGCCGUGAAAGAGUACUCGAAAUGCACGAGUGUGCCGCAGCCGGAGACCUCGAGAAGCCCCGAGCGCGAGGGCCGCGUCCUCGACGACCUCGCCGCGGCGAAGCGCAAGGUCGACGUCUUCGCGGGCGGUCUCAAGCACGCCGCGGCGCAGCUCUGGUCCGACGAGCUCCUGACGUGGGCGCGCAAGGACCCGCGGCGCGUGAAGAGAUUAGAAAAGGAGCUCGGCGCGUUCGUGGCCGAUUCAAGGAGGACGGCCCACAGCCUCCGGCCGAUGCGGCGCGCCGAGCGCCGCAAGGCGCACGCCGUCUGCGAGGUCUACGGCGUGGGCACGCGGUCCUACGACCGGUCGCCGGAGCGGCACAUCCGCAUCCUGCGCGAGCCGGGCGCGCCGGCUCCAUCAUUACCGGACGUGCUCCUGUCGGAGGCGGCGGCGCUCCCGGCCGUGUCGGUGCUGCCGGAACCGGGCGCCUCCGACCGCGCGACGGGCGCUGCCGACCGCGCGCCGGCGCCCGAGAUCGACGAGCGGCGCGCGGUCGACGACGUGAGCGCCGAGGCGGGAGAUGCCGCCGCCGCGGAGGAGGCCGCGGCCCUGCAGCGCGCAUUGGAUGAAAGUAAGGCGCGCGCGGACGAAGACGCGGCUGCGGAGGCGGCCGAGCGGAGAAGCGCGGAGCUGAUCGUGGCGACCAUGGAGGCGCGGGAUGAGGCCGAAGUGAAGCUCGCGGACGCGGUCGCGCGCCAGCGGGAGGCGGAGGAUCUGGCGCGCGCGACGGCCCUGUCCGCGCGCGACAUUUAUGGUCACGAAGAGAGGAAGGGCGGCGACUCGGAUACCGACUAUAGCGACGACGAGGACGACGAGGCUGCGCCGCUCGCGAUGCUGCAGCCCGGGCCCAUGGCUUGGACCAUCGGCGGCGGAGCGCUCACGUACGCGGCGAGGGCCGUGGAGGACCGGCACGCGGGCGUCGUCUUUUCUACGGAAGAUGUCGAUCUCGAGCGCGCGCUGGCCGCCUCGCUGGCCGAGACCUCGGCGAAGGACGACGAGCUCGAGCGAGCCCUCGCGGCUAGUCGCGCGGAGAGCUGCCGCCACGGCGACGACGAGGAGCAGCUGCGCGCCGUUCUGGCGCUGAGUGCGCGCGAGGCCUCGGCACCGGCGGUCGCUGACGAGCCGGACGAGGUCAUCGACGACGCGGUGGUGGCCGCGUCGCUACAGGCCGUAGAGGCCGACGCGGAGAGACGACGUUUGGCCAUCGACGAGGAGGUGGCGCGUGCGUACGCCGCGUUAGGUGUCGCGCGGCCGCUGCCGCCGCCCGCUGCCGCCGCGCCUGCCGCCGCGACACGCGACGACGCGGCGAUUGCGCUCGUCGGCGGCGCGCCUGCGGGCUACGCCCUCGUCGCACGCUUCCUCUCGCAGCUCGAACGCCCGCACUUAUUCACGAAGUUCCUGUCACAGAACGUCGAUGACGAGGUGCUGCCGUCGCUCAACGAGUCGGACCUCGACGACAUGGCGAUUCCCUCUGACUCGGACGCGGCGCGCGCCAUCCUCGGAGGAAUCCGCGACGCCGAGUUUAUCGCGGGGCUCCGCGUGUAGUUGUGAUCUAAUGUUACUAUGACUUA